UCUGGAGAUUAUUCAGAUGAAAGAGUGAUAUCAGUGAUGGAGGGAGAUUCUGUCACGUUAAACACUGAUGUUACUGAAAUACAGAGAGAUGAUCAUAUUCUGUGGACAUUUAGAUUUAACAGUUCAGAGACUCGUAUUGCUGAAAUCUAUAAACAGAUCAUCUCUAUAUAUGAUAAUAAAGAUAAUACUGAGAGAUUCAGAGACAGACUAAAGAUAGAUGAGCAGACAGGAUCUCUGACCAUCACAAACAUCAACAAAUUACACUCUGGACUUUAUAAACUACACAUAAUCAAUGGAGAUGUCAAACACAAGAGCUUCAGUGUCGCUGUCUAUGGUAUUCUGCCUGUUCCUGUGAUUAUCAGAGACUCGUCACAAAAUGGUUCAUCAUCAUCAGUGUCCAGAUGUUCACUGUUGUGUUCAGUUGUGAAUGUGAGUGCUGUGACUCUCUCCUGGUACAAAGGAAACAGUUUAUUGUCCAGCAUCAGUGUGUCUGAUCUCAGCAUCAGUCUCUCUCUACCUCUGGAGGUGGAAUAUCAGGAGAACAACAUCUACAGCUGUGUGAUCAACAAUCCCAUCACAAACCAGACCACACAUCUGGACAUUACUCAACUCUGUCAGCCAAAUUCAGGUAUGUCAGAGGCUAAUGGAUGGGAUCAGAUGGUGUAUUCAGAAGUUGUGUUAAGAUGA